AUGUCUACAGGAGGAUAUCUUCCGUUCCAGAUGGAACAAUACCUUCAACAUAGUCUUUCUGUCGAUACACGACGGACAUGGCUGGAUGAUGAUGAAUCGUCAAUACUUGACGAGAACAUCCUCGACAACAACCUUCUAGAUUCUGCUCUCGAUAUGUCUCCAAUCGACCGACGACGUCCUUCUCUAUUGGAGUCGUCGUCGGCCAUCUUUUCUCCCUCGAAUGACUGGGAUUUUGAUCAUGAUAUGGGUAUGGCUGGUCCCGCCGAUGAUGCUGCCGUCCCAGCGGCUACUUUCGAGCACAGCAAUGGAACCAACAACCCAUUUAUCAAGCUUGAGCAGGCACAGCCAUCGUACGCUCAACAGAAUGGUUCAUGGUCGUCGAAUCAUGGUGCUUCAGGCUCGUGCACACCUGCCCCAGCAUCAUACGACAACAAUGCGUUCCCCCACUCCACCUACGAAGAUGGCUCUGCAUACCUCGCUCCCGCGAUUUCUGCAAGCCCCGCAGGUGCUUUUGAUAACAACAUCCACAUCACUCCCCAUGCCACUGUCUUCCAAUCGAGCCUAAACAGCUCUAUGCCAUCGACACCGGCUCAGAAGGAUUGGCAGGCUACUGGUGCUGAGCACGAGGGACAGCCAAUGCAGAAGAGGAUGCGACCACAGAGCCCCAGCCCGAGAGCACACUCUCCUCUGCACGUUCUGCGAAGAGACGGGAUCCGAAAGAAGAACGCCCGUUUUGACAUCCCGGCUGAGAGGACUUUGAUGAACAUCGACCAGUUGAUUGCCCGAUCAAACGACGAUAACGAGAUCAAGGAGUUGAAGCAACAGAAGCGAUUACUCCGAAACCGACAGGCGGCUCUCGAUUCUCGCCAGCGCAAGAAGCAGCACACUGAGCGCCUCGAGGAGGAGAAGAAAAUUCACAGCGCUGUUAUCCAGGAGCUUGAGGAUAAGAUGAAUGCGAUGGCAUUGCAAGAGGAGGCUCUUCACCAGAGACUCGAGGCUGUCGCCCGUGAGCGUGACUUUCUUGCACACAAGGCUGAGACUCUUCAGAUGGAGAAGGAGGAUAUGGUUCGCAACCACACCAUCGAGACUGGCGAACUUCGAAAGAAGAACAGCUACUUUGCGGAGCAAAUUCAAAAGAUGCAGGACACUCUUGAACGCACUCCUAUGGCACAUGCUGCCAGCUCAUCUGGUUUCAGCGAUGACUUCAACUUGGAUACCGACUUUGAUCUUAAUGACAACUACUGGAAUGACCCUAUGCAGAUGUCCAACUCCGAGGUUUCUAUUAAGGCCGAGAAAGUUCAAUCACAUGGCGAUUCGGACAAGCCGGCAGCUGCUCCUGGUCUUUUGCUUAUUCUUCUUUUGUGUGGUGCAUUCGUUGCUUCUUCAAAGUCUUCGAUUCACUCUUUGCCUCCUCUGCCAAAGCAACUUCAAGCUGCCUCUGCUAGCGUUUUAAGCAACAUCUUUCAAGAUGCUGGUGUCACAACUAUGCAGCCAAACACUGUUGAAGUUGCUGACGGAUCCUCCACUUCUGACUGGGUGGUUGCUAAGUCUGCCGUACCAAACAUGGUUGGACUUGACUCUUCUUUGGCAGUAUUGAACGCACAACUCGAUGGCAAACCGACUACCGAACAACAGCAUGAGCAGUUCAUGCAACUGAGUGCCGCUGAAUACAACGAUGUUACCACAAACAACUACCUUCGUGAUCCUGAACCGAUUUCUCAACGUGGCCGACGACACCUCGAAGAGGGUCUCGCUUCCAUGCGAAAUAACAAGGGAUCUGCUGCUGAGGUUUAUACACGAUCGCUUCUCUGGGACAAGGUUGAUGCCGAGGUAGUGCGACGCUUUGCUGCCUUCGCUGCACGAGCACAAGCAGAUACCAAGGUCAAGACUACAGGCGAGGGUGGCGGAUAUGGCGAUAGCGCUGUAUAA